AUGUUAGCAAAGUCAUCUCUGCCGCUCCGACUUGCGGCAGUCCUGCCUUCAGGCUUGAGCCUCCGUGCGUACCACGUGUCGACGCCGCCCACGUCGACCUCGGCUCUGUUCGCGCCACUACCUGGGACUGAGGAGGAGCCUACCUCUUGUGAGUCCCAUUUUCUCGCAGUGUCUUCUCCCGACAAUGGCGACAACAAAGAGGUCCUGAUCUACGCGAUCGAGGUUCUGAUCUUCACCACCGAAUCUCUCACCACUUUAUUCGUCUCCAAAGCCGACUCGUCAGGGUUCUCAACUCGACUGGACAAUCCAAAAGGCUCACCUUCGAUUGUUGGGGCCAUCACUUCGACUUUUGCAGAGUAUUUACUCGAACCUCGCCUGGCCAGUUCAAGAGUGGUGCUUUCUCUUUUUGCGCGUGCGCAGAGACAAUACCUGUUCCCUGGCAGUUCCGACAAUGCUGGAAAACACGUGCUUGACGACCGACACCUAAUAAAAUGGUGGUGCCGAAUCUUUGACAAGAUCCUACGGCAGCAACGGAACGAUUCGGCGGCCACGGCCCAUCUCCUGGUUCCUGGGUGUGACAAAGGCGAGACCAAAGCAUUCUUCCCUCCUUCGUUUCGUGCGGAUCCACCGGCAGAGCCGAAAUGGAUCAACUCAUAUCCUGUCAACCUCAUGGUGACGAACGCAUCAUUGCCUCCAAGACAUUUGAUACCGCGGCUACCGGACGACCCAAAGGCACGUUUUCUAGAUGAUCUGGACGGCGAGUUUGUGGACGAGCGAGGGAACUGGCGAAGUGUGAAGGAUCUCACGCACUUCUGGGAAUUUAUGUCUUACAGGCAGGAAUGCUCCGCUGGCAGGCUGGUUGGGUUUCUUUGGUUGGUCUUUUCCAAAGAUCAAGCCAAGUAUGCAGCUUCUAAUGAGCUUCCGCAAUCCGAAUACACGCAGAAGCGGAGUAAGCCAGUGGCGCAGCCAGAUCCUAUGACCCCCAGCAACUCUCAGCGACUGGAGAAUGGUGCGCCGGAAGUCAGCCCGCAGGAUCCAUCGACCCUCGAGACACUUCCAACCCUCCACUCACCACCUUGGUCUUCACCAGUCCAGCCAGAGCCAGAGCCGAGAACUUCGCAGGAUGUACGACACCGAAAUGGAGAUUCUGCUGCACCUCCGCCCACGGAGGGCUCAUCAUUGCCCGGGAUCAAUCAGACGCGUGGCGAGAUCGAAUUUGACGCAACUGAAUAUCAAGCGUUGAUGGAUCAUCUCCUGCAGACUGACUUCACCGGAGAAGAGUCUGCUGGGCGAGCCAGCAGAAGCUGGGUUGACAAAGCUCUGGAAUUAUCUGGGGCCACAACAUUUGGGCAACCCGUACUGGGAUGUGCCACCCCGGCCUUGGCGCAGUCCGCUGCGGCCGUCGAAGCGUCAUCUGCCCAAGUCAACCUGCUGACUGGCGUCCGUAAGAAGAGGAAAGCCGAUGUUAUCGAAGACGCCUCGGUGCGAUCUAAUGGGGUAGAAUUAACUGGUAUAGCAGCAAUCAAUACACUGGCUGCUGGUUUGGUUAGGAAGAAGCCCAAAGGCUGA